UUCAUUUACGCGCGCCAAACGUGUGGCUGGUUAGUUGCUGAUUUUAUUGUAUUUAAUGGCGAAACAAAAUCACGUUUUGAUUUUAUGCAUUAGCUUACUACUGCUGGCGUGUGUGCCUGCAGAGUGCUCCGAAGCAUACAACUCAUUUGUGAGAAAAGAUUUGGCUGUGAAGCCCGCCGAAGAAAUCUCCACGCAGCCAGCCGCAGAAGAAAGUUUGAGUGAAAAAGUCGUACCACUCAUAAUAUAUACCGUUACACUUGUGGAACAACAUGGCCGACAAAUUUUACGUGAAUCCGCUAUAUUCCUCAAAGAGGUGCUGCAUGAAUUAAAUGAAUUUCCGCAAAAAAGUGAAACCAUAAAUUUGCAAAUCAAAAAUUUCGAAAGCAUAAUAACACGCUUUGAAAAUAUUGAUUUGGAUGAUGAUUCACCGGCUGCAAUCGCUGAAAAAUCAAAGCUACUCGAUGAUGUGACAGCAAGUUUGGCACAAACUCAUUUUAAGGCUGAAGCAGGUGUUUCGCAAAUGGAUGCGGAUAUUUGGUUAAAAGUUUUUCGAAAAGUAGAUUUUAUGGAAUUUCAUAAAAAUAUAUAUAAUAUGAGCGUUGCUGCAGUUGGGAAAUUUUCUAAAAUUUUCGAAAUAUUCUGGUCAUCUCUAGGGCACAGAGAAAAGGAACAACUGUCGGAUUUGCAUGUUUGGUCUACCAAAUUUUAUGCAACAGAUGAAGCUGAUAGAAAAUUUAGGCAAUUAUACAAAUUAUUUGAAAUAUUUGAUGUUUUCCAUUAAUUUCGA